AUGGCCAACAGUGACGCCCUUGUCUUCGCAACUGCUGGCGCCAAGUCAUCAAUCGAGAAGAUGCGUCCUUAUAUCAAAGAUAUCUCUUUCGAAGACGAGCCGCACAGUAACGCGGCGAAAUUCAAGCUCAUCGGCAAUGCGUUCGCUCUCAACGCCAUCACACAAAUUGCUGAAUCAUUGACGCUGGCCGAGAAAUCAGGCAUCAGUCCAGCGAUGGUCAAAAAGUUUGCUGACCUCAUGUACGGCGGGAUCUGCUCAGUUUAUUCAAGUCGAAUGGUCAGUGGUGAGUAUUGGACAAGAGAUGAGCCCUACGCUUCAGCCGACAAUGCGAUGAAGGAUAUCAAGCAACUUUUGGGACUGGGUCAGAGAGCAAACAUGGAGCUGAAGAAUGCUCAGACUGGUCUUAUGUAUCUCCAAAUGGCAAUGGAGAAGUCGCCGGGACAUCAGGCUGUUAUCAGUGCAAUUUAUGGUGCCGUUCGUAAGGCGAAUGGGCUUGAAUAUCAAAACACCCCUGAGAUAUAA